CAUUGCCUUUUCAAUUCACUUUUUAUGCAACACAACUGCGUUYAGUUGCGGCAGAAGUUGCAGCAUCUAAAAAUAAAUCGUUGCUGCUAGUGAAUUUGUGCGUUAAGUCUUUUCAUGUUGCCUUGCAGUUACUCAAGCUUUGGACUGACUGUAGAACGAUCACGUCGAACUGGUUUCCCCACAAGUGUUAAGCAAGUGAAGAUAACAACAAAGCGCUUAUUUGUGGCAGUUAGCGGCGACUGGCAUAACAGUUUGGUGUUGCAAAUUUGUGUGUAGUUUCAAAGAACUUUUAUUUAGAAUUAUGUUGAAGAAUAUUUUAUUAAGAACCUGAUAUAAUUGCAAAAUGGUGACAAAAUCGUUCGACUUAAUUCAAAAUGGCAAGUGAAAAGUUGUGGGCUUCAUAAUACCUGCGCGCUAUAUCCAAGUGCUGUUGAUGUUCACCGCAAUCCUAUUGGUAUUCUAUCAGCGGGUCAAUUUGUCCGUUGCCAUUGUUGUGCUUAACAAAUUAAAUGGAACAACAGGCACCACUCAACCACAAUUUGACUACKCAUCUUUAACACCACACCAGCGCUCCAGCAUGUUGGGCAGCGUAUUUUGGGGCACCUUCUCAGUACAACUACUCAGCGGCUACUUGAGUAGUCAUUACGGCACAGUCAAGCUGCUGCUAUGCUGCGUGCUUGGUUCCUCACUCAUUAGUAUGGGUCUGCCUUAUGUGCUCAUCUACUGCGGUUACGAAGCAUUUAUAGCGUUCCGCGUGCUGCAAGGCUGUACGCAGGGAAUUGUUUUUCCCGCCGUCUAUGGACAUCUCGCCAAAUGGUGUCCACUGAAAGAACGCAGUCUGCUGGGUGGCGURUCGCAAUCGGGCUUGGAUAUGGGUAUGGCAUUGGGYUUCUUAUGUAGCGGUUUGCUGGCASUGACAUCGCUUGGUUGGAUGGCGAUAUUUUAUGUGCCCGGUGUAGCUGGUGUGAUKUGGUCGGCGUUGUGGCUGGCGUUCGCUGCAGAGUCACCUGAGAAGUGCCAUUAUAUUUCACAUAAGGAACGUACACUCAUCAGUGAAGUCGGCGUAGCUGCUAUGAUCACCAAACGCAAUGCGCCAAUACCUUGGUGUGCCAUUUUGACUUCRGUGCCUUAUCUAGUCUUAGUCUUAGUCAAGUUAAGUCAUGGUUUGAGYAUCUUCACGCUGAUGCAACAAAUACCAUUAUACAUUAACGGUCUCUACGACUAUGAGAUACAUGUGAAUGCCAUGCUCUCGUCGCUGCCAUUUUUCCUCAUGUUCGUGACGUCACACUUGGUUUCCUACACCGCUCACUAUUUGCUUGUCGUCCGCAAGUGUUCACUGGCUUUGGUGCGCAAGUCCAUGAACACCCUUUCGACAUGGGUGCCUGCCGUUGCCUUCGUCGCGAUGACGCUGCUAAGCAAGGAGCUUGUUUCGGCAAAUAUUGCUUGCUUGAUUGUCGCUGUGACCACUUAUGCGGCGGCUGCAGUGGGCAGUUCGCUAAAUCACAUUGAUCUCUCGCCGAAUUUUGGUGGCAUGUUGGUGGGUAUGACAAAUAUGGUCAUGACAGGCAUGGGUGUGAUCUCCCCAAUCGCUGUCGCAGAGAUCGUUAAGGAUGAGAACGAUCGCUCACAGUGGAACAUAAUUUUUCUGAUAAUCGCUGCUUUAUUGUUUUUGGGAAACCUGCUUUAUUUACUUUUUGGGAAAAUGGUGGCACAACCAUGGGACAAAAUCGAAAGCAUGGAUAAUAGGGCUGCAGACAAUAAUACAGUAGCGUCAUUUGAAGUUGACACAAUUCGGAAUAUUGUAAAAUAAAUUGCAACUUUUUGAAUAUAUAAUACUGUUAUAUGUUAAUGUUUUCACUCCUUAAUACAAAAACACCUAUUUUCUUUC